AUGUGCUGGUGUUGUUGGCAGAGCCUGGAGCAGUCCGGCCACCACCUCCAGGACCAGCGCGCCAUGGAGAUGUACAACGGGCACGGCGCGCUGCUCGGCCACCAUUCCGGGGGGUUCGACGACAUUGACCUGCCCUCUGCAGUGAAAUACCUGAUAGCCAGUGACCCCAACCUGCAGGUCCUGGGCGCUGCCUACCUGCAGCACAAGUGCUACAGCGACAGCAACGCCAAGAAGCAGGCCCGCAGCCUCCAGGCCAUGCCCAAGCUGGUGAAGCUGUUCAACAGCCCCAACCAGGAGGUGCAGCGCCAUGCCACGGGUGCCAUGCGCAACCUCAUCUACGACAACGCCGAGAACAAGCUGGCGCUGGUGGAGGAGAACGGCAUCUACGAGCUGAUGCGGACGCUGCGGGAGCCCGACGACGAGCUCCGCAAGAACGUCACAGGGAUCCUGUGGAAUCUCUCCUCCAGUGACAACCUGAAGGAUCGCCUGGCCCGGGACACACUGGAGCAGCUCACGGACCUGGUCCUGGUCCCCCUCUCUGGGCUGGGGGGCUCAGGGGUCAUCCAGCAGAACCCCUCAGAGGCAGAGAUCUUCUACAACUCUACAGGCUUCCUCAGGAAUCUCAGCUCUGCCAGCCAGCAGACCCGACAGAAGAUGCGUGAGUGCCAUGGGCUGGUGGACUCCAUGAUCCACUAUGUGAACAGCUCCCUGGAAGUGGGCAAGUCAGAGGACAAGAGCGUGGAGAACGCUGUCUGUGUCCUGCGCAACCUCUCCUACCGCCUCUACGACGAGAUGCCCCCGUCCUCCCUCCAGCGCCUGGAAGGCCACAGGAGGAACAACAGUGGCAUGGUGACUGGGGAGCUGGUGGGCUGCUUCAGCCCCCAGAGCAAGAAGGCACGAGAGCACUACCUGAACGCGGACAUCGUCACCUUCACGGAGGUCUCCAAGGACCCCAAGGGCAUGGAGUGGCUCUGGAACCCGCAGAUCGUUGGCAUCUACAACCGGCUGCUGCAGCGCUGCGAGCUCAACAAGCACACCACGGAGGCGGCCUCGGGCGCCCUGCAGAACAUCACCGCUGGGGACCGCAGGUGGGCGGGCGUGCUGAGCCGGCUGGCCCUGGAGCAGGAGCGCAUCCUGAACCCCGUCCUGGACCGCGUCCGCACCGCCGACCACCACCAGCUGCGCUCCCUGACCGGCCUGAUCCGCAACCUGUCCCGCCACGCGCGCAACAAGGACGAGAUGUCAACCAAGGUGGUCAGCCACUUGAUCGAGAAGCUGCCAGGGAGUGUUGGGGACAAGGCUCCGCCCGUCGAUGUCAUUGUGAACAUCAUCGCGGUCCUCAACAACCUGGUGGUGGAGAGUCCCAUGGCUGCCCGGGACAUUGUCUACUUUGAUGGCCUCAGGAAGCUCUUCUACAUCAAGAAGAGAAGGGACAGCUCGGACAACGAGAAGUCCUCCAGAGCAGCAGCAAGUCUCCUGGGCAACAUGUGGCAGUACACCAAGCUCCACCGGGACUUCAAGAUGAAGGGGUACCGGAAGGAGGACUUCCUCAGCCUGUGA